GUUUUGUUAUGUUUGUAAUUUUAUUCGGGGCCGUUCUUAUCUGGCUUUGAGUUCCUGGUUGUUCUGGUUGGGUUGGUUGAUUCGCGAAUGUGCGUGUAGUGAAGAAGUGAUAUCGGGUCGAACUUGACAGCUGAUUCACCGGUCACCCCGGCCUCUGACCCCGCCUGUCUGACAGUUGCCGCCUGCUCCCCUACGGCGAAAGGCAGACUCGCGCGGCCAGCAUGUCUUACCUGCGAGGCUCCCCCAACUACGUCUGGAGCACGACGGCCGUGCUGGGCAAAGGCGCCACGGGUGCCGUGUACCAGGGCGUGAACAAGCAAACGGGGGAGCCCGUGGCAGUGAAGACCUUCAACCAGGUGAGCCAGAUGCGCCCCCUGGAGGUGCAGAUGCGAGAGUUCGAGGUGCUCAACAAGGUGAACCACGAGAACAUUGUCCGCCUGCUGGCCGUGGAGGAAGACGUGGAGAGCCGCAGCAAGGUGUUGGUGAUGGAGCUGUGCACAGGCGGCAGCCUCUUCACUCUGCUGGACGACCCCGCCAACAGCUACGGGCUUGAGGAACAGGACUUCCUCUGCGUCCUCAAGGACCUCAGUGCGGGCAUGAAGCACCUCCGCGACAACAACAUCAUUCACAGGGACCUAAAGCCAGGGAACAUAAUGAAGUAUGUGGCUGUGGACGGCAGGUUUGUGUACAAGUUGGCGGAUUUCGGGGCCGCCAGGGAACUGCAGGACGACCAGCAGUUCAUGUCGCUCUACGGGACUGAAGAAUACCUGCACCCGGACAUGUACGAGCGUGCGGUGCUGAAAAAGAGUGCGGGCAAGUCGUUUGGUGCCACGGUGGACCUGUGGAGCAUCGGGGUGACGCUGUACCACGUGGCCACGGGGAACCUGCCCUUCCGGGCAUACGGGGGACGUCGCAACCGGGACACCAUGUUCUGCAUCACCUCGAAGAAGGAGUCCGGCGUCAUCUCGGGGGUCCAGAACUCCGAGAACGGCCCCAUCGAGUGGAGCAAGGAGCUGCCUCGCAGUUGCCUGCUCAGCCCGGGCCUGAGGGACAAGAUUGUGCCCCUGCUGGCGGGGCUGCUGGAGUGCGACGACAGCAAGAUGUGGACCUUCGAGCAGUUCUUCGACUCGGUGACGGAGCUGCUCCGUUGCCGCCUGCUCCACGUGUUCUACAUCAACGAGGGGCGCGAACUCCACGCCUACCUGCCAGCUCAGGCCACGCUCGCGGAUCUGAAGACCGAAGUGUACCAGCAGACGAGCCUGUCGCCGGCUUCCCAGCUCCUGUUUGUUCAGGACAAGGGUCUACUGGAGUUUGCGCUGUCGUGCCACAGUGCUGCGGGCCAGGGGCUACCCCCAACCACGCUAGCCUCUCCCUACCUGCUGCUGGAUGCUGGCUGCCCGCGCAUUCAGGUCCAGCUGGGUGCGUCGGCCCAGACGGCGCGCUUUCCGGUGUUCCCGACGCCCUCUGUGAACCUGGAGCAGGACGCUUCCCUGGCCAAGAGCUGCUGCAGUGUGGCCCACGCAAUGCAGAGGCUGCUGGACAAGCUGUGCCGCUGCCACGCCGCCCUGCGCAGGGCGCCCCUCACCCUGGCCUGCGUCUUGGAGGAGCUCGUGGACAAGCAACUAGCCAAGCUGAGCCAAGCUAGGACAAUGUGCACGCUCUUGGACCAGCAGCUAAAGCUCUUGCUCACCAGCCAAUCCGGUCUGUCCCAGCUCGUGGAUGCGGUGCAGCCGCAGCCUCAGCCAGCCGAACUUCAGUGCCUGGCGCGCUGCCUUGUGGAGAAGCAGGACAGCCGGGCAGCCGUCUCCCAACAGAUGGCACACCUGGAGAAAGAGCUGGGGUUCCUGGAGCAGUCGGUGCUGAAGGGACGCGUGCUGCGCACGCGCUGGGAGCUUGCCUGCCGCGAGGGCCCGCAGCUGGCCGGAUGUCCCGAGACGGCAGCGACCUACGUCCAAAAGAUCCGUGACAGCUGGCAGGCUCUGGCCAGGGACAAGGCUGCUAGAGAACUAUCGUUCCACGACAAGCAGUUCCACACACUCGAGAAGAACAAGAUCCGGCAGACGUGUCAGAAGCUGCUCUCGCUGCUUCAGGAGCGCUGCCGCCACUCCUGCCACCAGGUGGCGCAGUCGCUCGAAGCAUGGGCCAAGGAUGCCUUGGAGCUGCUGUCGCGAACCAAGCGAGUGGAGAGCGAACUGGACUCGUGCAUGGACAUGAUCUCCUCGUACGCCGCAGCAUUGGACAAGGUGGGCUCGACAUUUGAGUCUGUUGUCGGCGGUCUGGUCUGCGACUUGAAGGCAAGAUGUCAGAGCCAAGGGCAGAACGGUCUGAGUUUGCCGAAAAACGCUGCCAGCGACGACGCUCCUUGUGCUCAGGAAACCCUCAAGGACGGGUUGUCCGGGCGUCCCAAGAAGGUUCCUGGGCGCAUUGUUUGUGGCCUGCAACGGUUGAAAGAGGAGCAGUUGGAAAUCCUGGAACUCAUUGAAGCUAACCACAUCAUGAUGAGGAGCUUCCUGAACCUCUCCUUGCCUCCACUUUCCAACGAGGAGUCGUGAAGAAGACUCCAAGGACCGCUCCACUGAAACGGGUUUUCCCGAUGCCUCGUUUUCCAGGCCGGGCUCUCUUGUUGUGAGAACUGCCAGACGUUCCGCUGGUGACCGGAAAUCAAGGAUGUUUUUCGUAUUUGAAUUGUGGAAUGCAUUUCAAAGUGCCUUCGCAUCCUAGAUUUGCAAGCUCUCCGACGGCGUCUUCUUGACCUAGGUGGGACUAAAAAGUUCCACCCAAAACCAUAGAAGCCGAUUCUGAGCUACCAAGUAUUCACAGAUUUACACUGGAGUAGUAUUUUUUUUUUUUUUUUUUUCUGCAAUUUAUGUAAAUAUUUUUUGUGCAAUUUUACAUUUUUGAUGAAGGUGGACCAGAACUUUGUACAUGCAUUUUGUUUCCAAGGCACAUAAAUUUGGUUACGUGUGGAAAAUGAUCAUGUACAAGAGCAGUUUAGUCUUGUCCGUUCUCUCAAGUAUUUGUGUUCUUUUUUAAUAAUCUUGCAAGCAAUUGACAGAUGGUAGCUUGUGGCAACAUCUGUUUUGCUGAAUUGAGGAAGCAAUGGUGGAAAAAAUAAAUGUUUUAAUGUUGGAAGUCGAA